AAACAGUACGCGUAGUAGCGGCGGCAAUGGCGGCGGCAAGAAAGUUAUUCGGAUCAAAAGCAUCUCAAAAUGCCUUCAAUCCAUUGUAGGGGCAGACCGUCAAAAGUAGAGUGGUUAGAGAAGAUUUCUAUGAAAAACGGAUUCAAACCCGGAGUCUACGAAAAAUACGGGCUAUACAUGGGUAACUGGGAAUGCGAUACCAAACAAGGAAAAGGAAAAAAAUCUUACAAUAACAAAACAGUUUACGAGGGAGAUUGGGUCGCAAACAAAAGACAUGGUUUUGGCGUAUUGAUGAAGAAAGUUGAUGACCAUUUUGUAUAUAUUUACGAAGGACAAUGGAUAAAUAACCGAUUUGCUAGAGGCAAAUGGUACGAGGAAGGCGGCAUUUAUGAUGGUAGCUUUUCAACGGCUGGUAGUAGAGUUAAAUGCGGUUACGGGACCAUGCGGUGGAACGACGGUGCCGUAUACCGAGGCCAAUGGCGCAACAACGAGUACAACGGCCGAGGAAAAUACAUAGAAGCAAACGGUAACAUUUAUGACGGACAAUGGAGAAACGGUCUGAAACACGGCGAAGGCGUGUACGUGCUCAAAGACAAAGGUCAAUUCAUGGAGGGAGUUUGGAUCAACGGAGAGUUGAAACUCAGCACUAUUAGAUAUAUUGACGAACUGGAGAGUACGCGAACACGAUAUGUGAUGCCCGAGAUUUCAAAAUCUGAUGAGAAAAAUAUAAUAGAAGCGUACGAGUACACCAAAUCGGAAAUUCUCAAAACCCUGUGAAGGACAUGGAAAUUGUUUCGUAAUAAAAAUAAUAUAUGUAUACAUUUUAUAUGAUAGUAUGUUACAGUAAUUUAUAUAAUAUGAUAAAAUAAUCUACUGUUUGUAAUAUAUAUAUAUAUACCAAAUGGGAUGGGGUAAUGUAGAUAUUGUCUAUCUGAGUGUGAAUAAUUUUUAUAUUUUUUUGUGAUUUAACAAUGCAGUUAAGAUAUGUUAUGUGGUUUCGGUUUCUCCCAUUCAGAGGGACAGUUUUACGAGUUUGCCAAAUAAUAAGGAUAAUACAUUAAGUACAGUAGAUUUAAACUAGGAGUCCUGAAUUGGUAUCUGAAUAUUUCGGUUCAAUUCCUUUUGUUAAGCUUGAUGAAGUAUCCUAACGAUUAAACAUUGUUCGAGGGUAACAGUAAGUAUGGUAGUGUGAUCAGGAUAUCAAACGAUGGUUAAACUAAGGAAAUGAACAACAUAUAGUAUGCAAAUAUAAGACUUCCUUUGUAAUUAUUUCACUUAUAUGUACAAAUAUAUGUGCAUAAUGAUCCAUGUAAGUGUUUAAUACGCUCAUUAUAUG